AGAGCGAAAUGAAUACUGUCUUUAAUAGAUUGGAGAAAAUUGUUACUUAAAAAGAAGCAGGGUUUUCACUGAGGCUCUGAAGGCUCCACCUGCUCACGUGUAAUGUCACGUUGACAUUUUAGAAGAAUAUUAAACAAUUGGUAAUUUUUAAAUAGUCAGUUAUCUUUAAUGUUUUCAUAGUACUAAGCUGUGUUAUCAAAAACAAGAAAAUGCAAUAAAAUAAAAUCUUAAAAAACAAAACGAACUUCCGCCAUAUCCGGUCACAUGGCCCGAUGUGUCAUUGUCAUUAAGAUAAACAAUAUGGCGCCUUCCUUUUUUUCUGUAUUCCGAACAUAAUCAGGAAUAUUUUCAUUUUAAUGUUCCCGCGUCGUAUCUGUGAUCAAACUGAGCUGUAUAUUGAUAGCGGCGUUGCUAACAGCCGGUCUGGUGGAUCAUCUUCAUCCUCAUCUUCAUCAUCAUGGCGUCUUCUUUUGUCAUUGGGGAGCAUUUCAGAAACAAGGUGACACAGUUACUGGAGAGAGGGGACACGUCUAUGCCAGAAGCUCUGAAAGAAGACCUGGAGGAGCUUCUGAGAAGACCACAGCCAACCGUCCUGACCUUCAGCACAGCCAGGAAACUGAAGAAACAUCUGGAGGACAAUGGAAAUCCUUUCUAUCUGCAUGAGUUCCUGGAGGACAGUUCACUUUACCUGCCUGAGGUCGUCAAGCCUCCCCGGAACCCUGAGCUGGUCGCUCGACUCGAGAGGAUCAAAGCAAAGCUAGCAAACGAGGAAUACGACAGGAUGACGCGCAACGUAAACACUCAGGAAAUCAGCAGAAAUGGGACAUUUGCAGAUUUUGGAAGACAAGUGCGAUCAGUCAAAGCAGUGAUGGUGACUGUUUUCAACUUCCUGGUGACUGUAGUUGCUGCUUUCGCCUGUUCCUACAUGGGGAGUCAGUAUUUGUUCACAGAAACAGCAGCGCGCGUCAUAUCAGCUGUGAUUGCUGCUUCUGUCGUCGGGCUGGCGGAGCUUUACGUUCUGGUCCGGACCAUGGAAGGAGAACUCGGGGAACCCUAACUUUCCAGAAAUCAUUUUUAUUGUUUGUGUGAUUCCUGCCUGAUAGACUGAUGGACUCGUUUUAACUUAAUGAAAAAGUGGAUUUAAAUAAUCAUCAGGUGAAUUUCUUUCAUUUUCUUUUUAUUUAAAUGUCAGUUAUUGUCUUAAAGUUAAUAAAAUUGUUUCAUUAAAGAGCUUGUUGCUGACA